GUAGCUGUGUUCACUCAAUCGACUCACUAUGCUUCUCUCUCGCGUUAGCUUCUGCAUCUCCAUGCCUAUCUCCCUCGCCGGAUUCUCUUCAAGGUUUACAGUCAUGUCAACCAUAGGGAGGAGAGGAUUUCAUUAUUUUCAGAAACUAAAAGAUGGUAAUGUGCCCCUUGAUUUGAUACAGAAGGGCCAAGGUCGGGUUAUUGAUGCUUCUCUAACAUUAAUCCGAGAGAGGGCAAAGCUUAAGGGAGAGCUUGUGCGGGUAUUGGGAGGUGCUUUAGCGACCACAUCCCUGCUUGGAGUUCCUUUAGGACAUAACUCAUCCUUUCUUCAAGGGCCAGCAUUUGCUCCUCCUCGCAUCAGAGAGGCAAUCUGGUGUGGUAGCACAAACUCGACAACUGAAGAAGGGAAGGUGCUAAGUGAUCCACGAGUCCUGACUGAUGUGGGUGAUGUCCCUGUCCAAGAGAUUCGUGAUUGUGGUGUUGAUGAUGACAGAUUAAUGAACGUUGUAAGCGAGUCUGUCAAAUUAGUGAUGGAAGAGGGUCCAUUGCGUCCGUUAGUUUUAGGUGGUGACCACUCAAUAUCUUUUCCUGUUGUGAGAGCUGUCUCUGAAAAGCUUGGUGGACCAGUGGAUGUACUUCAUUUAGAUGCUCAUCCUGACAUUUAUCAUGCCUUUGAAGGGAAUAAAUAUUCACAUGCAUCUUCAUUUGCUCGAAUUAUGGAGGGUGGUUAUGCUAGACGGCUGUUGCAGGUUGGUAUUAGAUCAAUAACAAGUGAAGGACGGGAGCAAGGAAAAAGGUUUGGAGUUGAGCAAUAUGAAAUGCGGACAUUUUCAAGAGACCGCAGCUUUUUGGAAAACCUGAAAUUAGGUGAAGGAGCAAAGGGUGUCUAUAUUUCAGUGGAUGUCGACUGUCUUGAUCCUGCCUUUGCUCCAGGAGUAUCUCAUAUUGAACCAGGAGGUCUAUCUUUUCGUGAUGUUCUCAAUAUCCUUCAUAACCUCCAAGCUGAUGUUGUAGCUGCAGAUGUGGUGGAGUUCAAUCCACAACGGGAUACUGUUGAUGGGAUGACUGCAAUGGUUGCUGCAAAGCUGGUAAGAGAAUUGACUGCAAAGAUGUCAAAAUAAGAAAUUGCUGUGCUGCCUCUCCUUCAAGAUUUUCAGAUGACAUCAUCUUUGGUGUGCAUGGAGUUUGACUCACAUCAUUUGGACUUGGGGAUCUUCUAGCUUCAUUUAAGCAAACCUAUAAAUUGAACAUUUUAUCUGCCAGUUAAAAAGACUGUCUUCCAGAGACAUUGUAUUCUCCUUACAUGAUUGCAUCUUAUGCCUUAACUGUAGACAUCAUUAAGUUCAAGAAAUUCCAUUUUCAAUAUAUCUUAUGGAUAUGG